CCCUGUAGUGUAUCUAAGCUGUUUCUUGCCUACCGGACAUCGCUGGGGAGCGAUGCCUGCUGAUAUGGAAGUGCUCUCCGGUCGGGAUGCGACAGAAGAUGAUUUAACCUUUUCUAUAUCCUCUUUUCUGUCGCACUCCCUGAACUCCCUGAGAAGGUAGUUGGGGCCCUGUUGAGGUUUAUUAUGGUGAAAGGGGAAUAAAGGUGAUGUUUUCCUUGGAAAAAAUCUUCAAAGUCUCCUUUCCAAUGGAUCAACAUGCAUCGACACAAUGCCACAGUGGGAUAAGAAGCCGGUCAACUGCCCUAGCUAGGCAGGUCACACAAAAGGGCAGACAGACAGACAAGACAGACAAGACAGACAAGACAGACACCCCCAUUCCGAACUUGAGUUUCUGCCCAGGACGGCCGGACGGCCGGGCGGACGGACAAGAGACAGAAGCUGAACCAUGGAUCAACCCCAACAAGUGUUCCAUUCAUUCUCAAUUCCUGUCUGACCCGGAAAGGGCCCAUUUGCCAGGUGUGUGCGUGGGUGCGUGGGUGCGUGGGUGCGUGGGUGCGUGGGUGCGUGUGUGUGCAUUGUCAGUGAUGGUGACACCGGAAUGGCAAGUAACCCAACAAGAGCUGUGCUCUGAAGUACUUUCCCUUCUUUCUUUUCUCACCCCCCAAAUAAAGUGGCUGUUUGACUCUAUAUCUCAACGGGAGAUUUCGUAUACAAUGUUGUAGACAGAUAGAAAAAAAAAGGCGUGGUUGCAGGAUGGGCUUGCAGGUUGGAAUCAGGGCUGGCUGGGGCUAAGCUAAGCCCCUCUCCUCCGCCUCCUCCUCUCUCAGCUCGCUCGGCAUC